CGAACGGCUCUGUAAACCGGUAGCGCUACUAUUGUCGUCGAUUAGCCACUUCACAUAUACAGUUUACUCAACUAUCUUAUAUCUAUCCAUGGCACAAGUUCCUGAACAGACACCCCAUCUACGGCUGCCGUCCGAGCGAACGUACAACAAAUACAUACGCCUUCCCAUAUGUCCUGUUGCAUUUCAAGGAUGCAUAACUACCCGACGACUGGAGAGACGGUCGGUUUGAAUUAGCACGUCUUUGCUAGCUUACUCAUGCGUCAGCUGAGGGCACGAGCGUCGUGACAGCACAAGUGGAUAAACAGCGGACGACCGAAGGCGUCUGGCGGAGGAUCAGAGCGAUGUUCUCCUUCUGCGAGGAGCCUAACCUUCAGAAUUGAGAUGAUAUAUUCGCCCUGAUUGGACAUGAUGGAAGUCCCUCUGUGGGGCCAGUUGAAACGACUAUCUUCUGGCGCUUUAAAAGGGUCGCCAUCGCUGCUGUGACCAUUUCGCUUUUGUUCUGGGUAUGAGUGCCGCCCUGGAACCUCCUUUCUUCCACGCGCCGUCUCGUUUCUCCUAUCGCUGACGUUCCGAACGUUCCGACAUCACAAUGCCAUCCCGAACGCUGCCGACGUUUACUCGCGCCGAGGUGGAAUCGCACGCGUCCGCCGCAUCGUGCUUCGUUGCCAUCGGCACUAAGGUGUACGAUGUGACGGAUUUUGUCGACGAUCAUCCUGGCGGUGGCGACUUGCUGCUGCAGUAUGCCGGCAAGGAUGUCGGGGACAUCUUGAAGGGCCCGACUUCACAUCCGCAUUCGGAGGCCGCGCACGAUGUUUUGGAUGAAUUGCUAGCCGGUCUUAUGGUCCCAGAAAAGGCUGUGGGCGCCAACAGCUUCGCGCAUCCUAAGGCCGAGGCCAACGGCGCGUUGAACGGCUCUGUGGCCACCGAACCGUCCACAUUCUAUGUCCACCCUCGAACUGGUAUGUCCUGCGAAGAGGAUUUGAGCAGGGAGACGGAUAUCUCCCAGGACUACAGGAAAUACAAGUUCCUGGAUCUCAACCGGCCACUCUUCCUCCAGGUCUGGAACGGCCGCUUCAGCAAAGAGUUUUACAUGGACCAGGUCCAUCGCCCACGACAUUACAAGGGUGGUGACUCGGCCCCGUUGUUUGGAAACUUCCUCGAGCCGCUCACCAAGACUCCAUGGUGGAUGGUGCCGACCAUUUGGCUGCCGUGCGUCUGCUACGGAGUCUAUCUGGCAAACCAAGGCCACGAGAGUCCCCUCAUCACUGCCGCCUACUGGGUGUUUGGUGUGCUCCUGUGGACAUUAAUCGAAUACUGCAUGCACAGAUUCCUCUUCCAUAUCGAUGACUAUCUGCCCGACAACAGGGUCGGCAUCACCGCGCACUUCUUGCUCCACGGCAUCCACCACUAUUUGCCCAUGGACAAGUACCGUCUAGUCAUGCCGCCUGUGCUUUUCGUUGUGUUGGCUACUCCCUUCUGGAAGCUAUACCAGUUCGUCUUCGCGUAUAACUGGUACGUGGGCACUGCCGUGUACUGCGGCAGCGUCUUUGGCUACAUCUGCUACGACUUGACCCAUUACUUCCUGCAUCACGAGAAUCCCUCGCUGUGGUUCGGGCGGCUGAAGAAGUACCAUCUCCAGCAUCACUUCCUCGAUUACGACCUCGGCUUUGGCGUCACCAGCAAGUUCUGGGACACAAUCUUUAGCACAGAGCUGCAGCCCUCCAUCAAGACCAAAUGAGCCAUCCUCGGUGGUCUGGUUGCCUCUGCGCAUUCCCGUCGACUGUAAUCGAAAUAGGUUGGCUAGAGGUGUCAGUGGCAGCGACAUUGUCGAUUUUGGUGGCGGCUAGCAGUCGUUUGUUGAGGGCGUCUGAACACUGGAUACAACUUACAAGGUGCAUCAUACUGAUACGCAUACGGAGGUGUAACAGAGAUAUCGACCACCCCCUAGUAGCAAUCGACUAUCUGGUCC